GGGCGGGUCCCGGCCCUGUGUUUUGAACGGCUCGAUGCGGGUGGCUCACUAUUUGGCAGGAAGGUGAGGAGGCCUCUAUCCUGGCAGCGGAGCUGGCGUAGCGAGAGGGGAUCCAAAUGUGGCAGAGGCGAGCAGGAGGCGGUGGCGGCGGAGGGGGGCAAACGAGACAAGGGGAGCGGUCGUCCCCGCUCCCGCCGCGGAGGAGCUGAGCGGCCUGGCAAGGUGGGGGCUGCGGCAGGGCAGCAGCUGCAGCGCUGGCACCCCCGGGCCGCCCGCCUGGCACCCCGGGCGCUCGUCCCGCCGGCAGUCCUCUGGCCAUUUGUCAAGUCAGCAAGAAAAUUUUCCUGCACCACUGAAGAAAUAAAUAGGAAAAACUAGACUGGGACAGCGUGGGGCUUCGUAACCCUGAAGAGUACUGUAAUUGAACGUGCAGCUUCUACGUUUGAGGAAGGACAAAUUCAUGAUUGAAUGGUGGAUUAAUCAGGAGCUGGUUUAUUCCAAGAAUAAGACGAUAACCUGGGAGUUGGGAAGAACUGGAUUUUCACCCUAGUCCAGCAGCUUUGCUGCUCACUUAAACACAGAUGAAUGAAGACCCCAUUUGGAAAGUCACCAGGUCAGCGGUCCAGAGCUGAUGCAGGUCAUGCAGGAGUGUCUGCCAGCAUGAUGAAGAAAAGAACUUCCCACAAAAAGCACAGAAACAAUGUGGGACCAAGCAAACCUAUUUCUCAGCCACGGAGAAAUAUUGUAGGCUGCAGAAUACAGCAUGGAUGGAAAGAAGGGAGUGGACCUGUAACACAAUGGAAGGGCACAGUUCUUGAUCAAGUUCCUGUAAAUCCCUCUCUCUAUCUUAUAAAGUAUGAUGGAUUUGACUGUGUGUAUGGACUAGAACUGCACAAAGAUGAAAGAGUUUCAGCACUUGAAGUUCUUCCAGACAGAGUUGCUUCAUCUCGAAUUAGUGAUGCCCACCUGGCAGACACAAUGAUUGGUAAAGCUGUGGAACACAUGUUUGAAACAGAAGAUGGCUCAAAAGAUGAAUGGAGGGGGAUGGUUUUGGCUCGAGCUCCUAUUAUGAACACGUGGUUUUAUAUUACCUAUGAGAAAGAUCCUGUCUUGUACAUGUACCAACUCUUAGAUGAUUAUAAAGAAGGUGACCUUCGCAUUAUGCCUGAUUCGAAUGAUUCCCCUCCUGCAGAACGGGAACCAGGUGAAGUUGUGGACAGCCUGGUAGGUAAACAAGUGGAAUAUGCCAAAGAAGAUGGCUCAAAAAGGACUGGCAUGGUCAUUCAUCAAGUUGAAGCCAAACCAUCUGUCUAUUUCAUCAAGUUUGAUGAUGAUUUCCAUAUUUAUGUCUACGAUUUGGUGAAGACAUCCUAGACGUCAUUGUGAACUUUUGCCAAAUUUGUGGAACUAUUAAAUGUAAAAUUUGUAGACUCAAAGACUUGACUGCUUUCCAGUUUAAUGAAAGCUUAAAUGUCCCUGCGAACCCACAAUCUCUGCCAGCAAAACUGUUUUGUUCUGAAUAAUAUAAACAAACAUGACACAUUUUGUGUAAGAGAACUCCUUUUCUUGAAGGAAGUCAAUAUAUUGGGCAGGAGGGAGUUAAAAGCAAAGAACAGCUGCAAAUUCAAGCUGUGUGAAGUUGAUCUAGUGUUGUAAUCAUUAAUCUAAAUUUCUUCAUAGAUUUUAACUUUUUCUUCAACCUUGCACUCACUUGUUCAACUGCCACAGGCAAGUGUAGUUUGAUAUUUUGAUAUGCCUUCUUUUGUAACAUUAAAUUUAAUUUCUUGGCUAUUGGCAGUCCUUGUUUUCAGGGUUGGGACAGAGGUGACUUUCUGAAAGGUUUGAACAGUUUGUGCAGCAUUGAGGAGUGCCUAACCCAAGUAACAUCAGUUUGCUGUGUUUCUACACUUUAUUUCAAAUUUAGCUUUUCAAGAACUUGCAGCACAUGGAAAUACUUGUGCAUUUUUACUAGUCACAGGGCAGUAGGAUAUCAAGUGUUUUGACGUGCACACCUUUCAGUUGAAAAGGCUUUAAACUAUAAAAAUAUAUUUAAUCUGUAUAACCAGUUAAUUAGAAAAUGCAGGUUAACGGCCCAUAUUUACAAGUUGUAGGAACCAGAAAAUACAUGCAACAAGGCUGCCUUCAAUCCUCAAUGUUGUAUUUCUUUCUUUGUUACACACACUUCUUAGCAAAACCCAAGUGCUUGGUGCCACAACUUUAACAGUAUAUAUGCUACUUCAGAAGACUUUAGACUACGCAUUGGCAGUCAGUAGUCUCAUUUAAUAUCAAAAUCUAGCAACCUGAAUGUUUAUGUGUGGACUUAGAAGGCUAACAGUAGUUAACAUUUUACAUGGUAAAUAUAAUCUCAUGCCAGGGGGGUGGGAAGGGGUGUCCUUUUUCAUUGAAGACUUACUUUAGACAAGGAGAAGUGUCUGUUGCCUUCUGCUCAGUCUGUUGUGUUCCUUUGUUUCUUUGUUUUGUUUGUUUUCUUUUUAACCAUUUCAGUUCAAGAAGGCAUCUUCCCAAUUUAUUUUUUCUGGCUUUUCCACAUACGGAGUGUCUGGACAAAUCUACAGCUUAAACCUGUUGUUGCCUUUUGUGGUGUACAUUGUACUUGCUUUGAGGUAUGCUGUUAAUGUGAAUUUCAUUCUAUGAACACUAGAGUUCUGCAUGCCAGUGGUGUACUAUCUAAUGGAAGCUAUAUGCAGUCUCAGCGGUUCGGUCAUCUGCAUUAGAUUGUGGAUAUAAAUAGCAGCCCACAACAGCAAAGUCCUUUCACGGCUUUAAUCUUGCAAGAUAGUUGUAAAUGAAAAUUAAGGUUUUUCAAGUGUGGCAGCUUCUAAAAGUAUCAGAAUUGCAACAACGAUCAGCACAAAGAAAAUUGUCGUGUUAUAUUACAGCAGAGCUCUGCACAUUUCAGAGAACUCUUUUUACAGAAAUACGGUAUGUCACGGCAGUCAACACUGUUGUUGGAAGGAAAAAUACUCUGGUAUGCAACUCUAUGCCAUUAGUGGAAGGAUGCAAGAGAGGUGCUGUUAAUCAGAGAUCAGAGGUCUAGAUGACCUCCAUUGUAGGUAUUCUUGAUAUUGAAGACUCAGUGGUUUAAGCCCCUUUCUGUCCAUUUUUUUUGCCUGAUUUCAUAUUUUAGCCUUAAGGCUAGUGCCUCAUUAUGCUGUUGAAUGGUAAUAAAUACUCUCCGUAUAAAUAUGAUACCUUAAUUCUUUGUCCAUUGCUACUAUAUUGCAUUACGUCCAGUAUUUCAUCAUGGGCAACCGAAGGCAGGCUAUUGUCUUUCAGUGAAUAGCUUCUCAAUGCAGUCCUUAAGCACUAAGUACCUGAGUCCUAAAUGUUCCUUGUGUUUUGAACAAAGUGAGCAGAUUUGCAACACAGUGUUUUCAUCCUGCAGAUCUGUUAUGUGUUUUCUAUUGACUCUUAAGAGUCCUGCAUGUAAAUCUCAAAGCUGAGCCUGGCUCCAUGAGCCCAAGUUGAUAUUUGUGGCACAAGAAUAAGUGAGUGUAUUGAUUAUACACAAGAUACAUGAAUAACCUAGUAUACUGAACUUUGGGCUAUAUAUCUGAGGAAUACACGGUUUGUUUUGAAAUAUCAGAGGUUUAGGUCUACUGGAACAUUUUUAGCAUUAGGCUUGCAUUUGUGGGUUUUCUGCAAGCCUCUUUAAUACACCACGUAUUCUGCCAAUUAGAGUAUAAUCUAUAAACUGUAAAUUUUACGGUUGUUUUUAGAUGUUCCCGUUGUCUGUUGUGUGGGUAUUUCUUUUCAUCUUUUUUUUUUUUUGAUAGCUUAAACCACCUUUUUGAGGCUUGAGACUAAUUCUGCUCCCUGCCCAUCUGCUUUGGGCUUUGUUUUAGGCUCACGUUUCAGAUCUGCAUGCAGUGCUUGCAUUACCCUGGUAACUAAAUGUUGGUUCCUUGUUAUAGGGGUUCAACAUUACUUUCCAAAAUCACAUAGGGCUUGUGAUGGCACAAGCCAUGGAUCUUUGUAUAAAAGUUACUCACCUUUCACAUUUACCUGCUGUAGUAUUGUUGUAUAUUGUGUGUGUGCGUGUGUGUGAUGUCAGGCUGCCAUGUAAAACUUUUUAAAAGGAAAAAAACCCCACCAAAUUAAAUGCAAACCAUCCUUUUUUGCAUGCUUAGAGGGUUAGAGCAUUCAAUGUAACAAACUAAAGUUGCAUGUUAAAGUGUUUAGGUUUUGGUUUUGUUCUGUUUUUAUUUUGUGUUCAGUUUUUUGUGAAUUUGCUUAUUGUACUGUUUCAAUGGUUGUUAGUAGGAUUAAAUGCACCGAUGAGACGAGCAUAGUGCCAACGGAAGGUAAUUUUCCAGUUGUAUGUGUCAUACAGCAUUUGAAGGGACCAUGUAUUCUGUUAAAAAAUAAAAUCACAGUUGCUUAGCAAAACACUACAUUUUUCUUCUUUCUUUUGAGUGCCAAACCAUAAACUACAUUGGAGUAGAUGAUGGGGAAAACCCUUUUUAUUGCAGCAGGUAGAAGCCUUAAGUGAAUUAUUUAAAAAUGGAGGCUUUAUCUUCAGAUGGAACUGACUAGUUGAUUCAGGGAAAAGAAUUAUGGUAAAAACAGUUUCUGGUUCCUUGAAAAUGCUGUGCUUUUUGUAUUUUACAUCAUUAGUGCAAUUUGGAUGGUUCUUGGUAUGUGUAUAGUUCAAAGGUCUUCGUGUUCACAUUUUAAAAUUAGGUAAUGACUUCAUCUUUAGAGCUUGGUUUCAUUAUUUUUAUUUUAUUUUGAACAAUGUAGACAGUUCCCUGUUCUCUUCAUUUAGAAGUAUAAACACUUUAAAUCUGUUACUUAAUUCUGUAAGUAAUUUUUAUAAUUAUGAUGUAACUCUAUCUUUAAAACAUUUAAAAUAAACCCUUUAUGUGCAACUUAGCGACUGCAAACUGUGUUCUCAUGAGCAAAAUGUAGUGAUGCAAUGUUGGAUUGUGAAGAGGCGGUUUCUUUAGUUUUCUAAUUAAAAAGGAUUUAUUAUUUUGAUGCUGAGCCAUAGAUGCUGGUAUAAUACUUGCUCUAUGAAAUGUUUGCUUGCAAAGCCAAAUCUUUAUUCUUUUUUUCCAAGUAAGUGUAAGUGCUGAUGAGAUGGAACUUGGCUAAGGUAAAGCGUACUGCUUAAAUUGUAUUUUACCAAACACAGAAAAACUCCUCUCUGGGGGAUUAUGUAAGUCUUGUGAAGGAGUCUCUAUUUCCAGAAAUACAAAAUACUUCAUCAGUGGGGAACAGCAGAAGCAUUUGGCAGUGUUUACGUGGUACAUUUGUCUGCUUUGAAUUAAUAAAAUUCAAAAAUCAAUUAAGCAUAUUUUACUGAUAAUAAAAAAGCAAAGUUGUUCCAAACGAUGAGCAGGGAAGAUAACAUCACCGUGCUGCAGGUUUUUUUGAAGUCAUGUAAGUAGUUACAAUUAAUGCAUGAAGACUUAAUUAUUUUAUGUUGUUAAAUUACUAAGGCAUGCUUUCAAUAUUGAACAGAUUUUCCUUAUUCCUACCUCUUUUCUGAUAAUAAAGGGGAGUGUUAUAUGGAUACCCCAAAAUAUUUUUUUUGGCACCAAAAGCUCAUUAGAUGUAUACUGAAGAUCUUGGAGCAUGCCAGCAUGCGGUUGAGAUGAAUAUCCAACCCUCUGCAGUUCCCUUAGUUCAGUGUCCUGUUCAUUGUAUCCUGUUGCCUCAGAGACUGGUCACAGUGAAGAUUUGUAUUUGUGUACAUCUGCUGAUUAGGGACAGUUUAAGACUGCUUUAGCAUGAGUAUCAUCUAAGAAGCAGAUGUUAAUCCACAUGAGCUGGCUAUGUUAAAUUAUAGUUAAAAAUAGAUACAGUACCAUUUUAUGACUAAUGUCUGAACCUGUUUUGCAUUACAGCUGAUAAACCAAUCUCAGUUUUGUAGGAUCUUUUCUCUUCAUAGAGGAUGGAGCCUUAUGAAAGCAAAGAUAUUUUGUUAUCUGUUACUGCAGUAAUGAAACUGACCCUGAAAGCUGGUUAAUUAUGAGCUCAUGUACCAGCAGCUCAAAUGUCAAUGCUUUGAAGACAGUCAUGUCCUGGAGAUUUAGAAGGGUGGGGGGUAAGAGUCCUACCCGGAUCUACAGCUUUAAUACUACUGUACUCUUAUUUUCACAUCUGUCAGGUUCCUCCUUGUGCAUAUGAACUGGUUAUAUUUUCAGAAAAAAA